AUGAUUUCUUGGCGGUUCUCUCUCAAGACUUCCCUGUCACACCUCAGGGGCUUUGAGGUCCGGCAGAGAUCUUGUUGGCUUAGAUGGCGCCACGAGCAGCUUCCGUGCCCUCCCAAUUCCAGGAUUUGCUGGCUUCUACUGGGCACUUUACCCAAGCUAAUUUUGACUUCAGACGGAAUGGGUAAGGGGUCUCCGGGAAGCUGGGGUCUGAGAGGUGCUCCCCGGAAUGCCUCUGAUGAGGUCGCGUUGGCAGCCAGCAUUGCCCCGGCUGGGCUCCUGAAAGGCCUUUUUCAGAACUUGGCCUUUGGCCUCCGAAUGUGCUACCGGGCCUGUGUCCUGCUGGUCAGAUUCACCCCACUUCUGCUCUUCUACCCGCUCACCUACGCGCUGCCCAGCUUCUCCUGCCUCUGGCUGAAGUGGCUUUUGACGGCCACGGAGUCCUCAGGCCCCACAUACAUCAAACUGGGCCAGUGGGCCAGCACCAGGCGAGAUCUGUUCUCCGAAGAGUUCUGCACCUUGUUCUCCCGGCUGCACGUCCGAGUGGCCCCACAUCCGUGGGCUCACACGCGGGCCUUACUCCAAAAGGUGUUUGGAGAGGAGUGGGGGAAAGCCCUUCUCUUUGAGGGUCAGGAGCCGGUGGGCUCUGGCUGUGUGGCCCAAGUGUAUAAAGCUUAUGUGGACACUGCUUUCCUUGACCGGGCCUGCUUCCAGAAGCUCGUGGAGGCCUCUAGGGGGUCAGCCUCUUUUGAAGCCUGGGAGGUGGCCAGACUGGGGAGGCUCUUGGGAUAUUGUUGGAAGGAGCAAAAGCCCAAAGGGAUGUUCACAGAUCAAGCUUUUCUAGAAGACCUACUUCUCCCAAUGUCCUACCUGACUUCAUCAAAACAGGGCUCCUCCUUUACCUCAUCUGCUGACUGUCAACCUGGGCCAAAACACCUCAUCCCAGCAGCUAUUAAAGUGCUGCAUCCCGGGCUUCUCUCUCAAGUUCAGGUGGAUUUAGUACUGAUGAAGACCGGCAGUCAAAUCCUUGGACUCAUUCCAGGAAUCAAGUGGCUCAGCCUGACUGAGAUAGUAGAAGAGUUUGAGAAGCUCAUGGUCCAACAGAUUGACCUGCGGUAUGAAGCCCAGAAUCUAGAAUGCUUCCAAAACAAUUUCCUGGAUGUGAAGUUUGUCAGGUUCCCAACCCCUCUGCAGCCCUUUGUCACCAAAGACGUCCUGGUGGAGACAUUUGAACGGGGGGGGGGGGUGUCGGUGAUCUGGGCCCCCCAGCAGUCAGGAGCCCCCCUUGUUGUCGCCUGCAGGCUCUGUAAUAAGCUUUGCUUUUCCCUACAGCUUCAGGUGUCCAACCUGCUGUCCAGCGUCUUUAAGCUCCUGAUGACCCACAAGGUCAAGCUCGAGAGUAACUUUGCCUCCAUCAUCUUCGCCAUCAUGGUGCUCGAGGGGCUCGGCCGCUCGCUGGAUCCCAAACUGGAUAUCUUGGAGGCGGCCAAACCCUUCCUCAUAAAGAGCUCGCCGCUUCCUGCGUGGCUGCAAUGGUAGGGCAGGGGGCACCCAAGCCUCCCUGAAGGACGCAGACGUCCCAUCCUCCUGCUUCUGAUGGAUUCCACGAAGGUGACGGUGGACUUUGAGACAGGACACAGCGCGCCGAGUACCAUCAGCCAGAGCCCUGCUGUUGGGAGGAGGCAAGUGGAGAAGGAAGGAUCCUCCCCUAACACACACACUCCUGGGCCUGGGCUCAAGGUCCAUGGCAGCUAGAUGGAAAAGCAAAGUCCUAGACUGGGCCUCAGGAGGGACUGGAGUACGAAUCCUACCUCAGACCUGGCUGACCCUGUGCCAUCUACUUCUCCCUCAGCCUCAGUUACCUCAUCUGCAAAAUGGGGAUAACUCUAUCUACCUCACAGGGGUGUUGUGAGGAUCAAAUGAGUUCAAACCCUAGAAGGGUAAACAGCCUCCCUACAAAUCAGCUGAAACCAUUAUGUUAUUUCCUAAAUGGGGGCAUCAUUGUGGGAGACCACUUAGGGCCUUGGGAAGUGGCUCAGGGCUCAGAGAACUGCCCUUGAAGCCAGGGUGACCUGGAGGAAGUCUCCCUCUGACACGAGGGCCUGAAGUCAGAGAUGACCUCAACCCAUCCUAGCUGGGCCACCCUGGGCCAGUCACUUCCCCUGCCUGCUUUGCCUCUCUUUCCUCAACUGUAAAUGGGGGCAAUA